CACGUACUCUAUUAAGUAAAGCAGUGUGUUAGGUGAAGUGCGGUCCCUUCUAGUGCUGCUCCCACUAAGCUUUGUCUUUACAAUGAGGAAAUCGUCUCAAUGUGGCAUUCCAUGCUUAUUUAUUAUUAUAUAACCAAAGAUUCGUCUUCACAAUUCACUCUCUUCUUCUCUCUUUAAGACACUUACAAAAUGGAGAUAAAACCCUCUAGGAUAUUCUCCACCAUCACCAUCUUCUUUCUCUGCCUUCUACUAGCACACGUCACCUCCAAGGCAUCAUCAUCAUCUCUGUGCAAUGGAUCUGUGGCGGAGUGCAGCAGCAUGGUGGAGACAGAGGAAAUGAGUGUGAUAAUGGAGUCUUGGUCAAGCCAGAGGUUGACGGAGGAGCAGGCACAUAAGCUUUCGUAUGGAGCUUUGAGGAGGAAUCAGCCUGCUUGCGAUGGUGGUAAACGAGGCGAGUCUUACUCAACUCAAUGUCUUCCUCCACCGUCUAACCCUUAUAGUAGAGGCUGCUCUAAGCAUUACCGAUGCGGCCGUGACUCUUGACCAUUCACCAUCAUGAAUCUUUAUGUUGUAAAACACCUAUGUUCUUUAUUUUGUUGGUGAAUUUGAAUUGUUUUGGUUUCAAGUAUAAUCUCUUUUGAAUAUCUGUACACUCUUUGAGUUUGGGGUUUCAUUUGCUAGAUUUAAAAAAGAAAAAGAUAUACCUUCUAAUGUCGGAAAUUUUUGACUUUUUGACCCUGUCGAGGCCAACUGCUACGCCUCUUAUCUCAAAUUAAUUGGAGACCAAAACAUAAUCAUCAAAUCAUUACCAUGUAAGCCUAGUAUGGGCUGCACUAACUGAUUAAAAGGCAACUAUGGUAUUGACU